GGGACGUGUGGAUGGGUGGGUGUUUUUCCCCGAGCGUCCUUCCCUGCGUGGCAGCGGUUCGCAGCAGAGGUGGCAAGGGAUGGGGCCUGUUGGUGUAGGGUAGUCCAGAUGCUGCGGUGCCACCCACUGAUGCCAUGACACAGACGUUCCCAGCUCAGUACCCACCGCCGCCACCCCAGGCCCGGCUCCCCCCACAGUACCAUCUCCACAGUACCCCUUCGGAGUACCCAUCUCCAACUGCCCUGGAUCACAGCCUGCGCAUCUUCCCUGAGCAGGGAACAACUGCGCCGGAGCCUUUACCGUUGCCUCCACCUCCUGCCCAACCUGAAGAAGUCCCUGCACCUGAGCUAUCUCCAGAGACAGAAGAAGCCGAGAGCGAGGAGAAUAAAGCCCAGCCCAAGCGCUUACAUGUGUCCAAUAUCCCUUUCCGCUUCCGUGAUCCAGACCUGCGGCAGAUGUUUGGGCAAUUUGGAAAAAUCCUCGACGUGGAGAUAAUCUUUAAUGAGCGUGGCUCGAAGGGUUUUGGGUUUGUUACCUUUGAAAACAGCCAAGACGCUGACCGGGCACGAGAAAAACUAAACAGCAGUAUUGUGGAAGGGAGGAAAAUUGAGGUCAACAAUGCCACUGCCCGUUUAGUCACCAAGAAACCCCCAGUGGCACCUGUAGUGAACGGAUGGAAAAUCAAUCCUGUAGUUGGUGCUGUCUAUGCUCCUGAUCUGUACACAGUGGCGAGCAUCCCUUACCCCAUGAUGGCACCUGCUGCUCUGGCCUAUCGUGGGACCCUGCGAGGGCGUGGCCGAGCCACUAUCUAUAAUCCCAUUCGAGCGGCACCUGCCCCCUCUCCAGUUCCAGCCUAUGGCAGCGUGCUCUAUCCAGAUGGUCUAUACAGUUCCGACCUCUACGGUUAUCCUGCAGCGUACAGAGUGGCCCAGACACCAGCAGCUGCAGCCACGGCAGCAGCAUACAGCGAUGGGUAUGGACGGGUCUACACUACUGCUGAGCCUUAUCACCACGCAGUGACCCCUGCCUAUGGGGUUGGCGCCAUGGCUAGUUUAUAUCGAGGAGGAUGCAAUCGCUUCACUCCAUACUGAAGGACCAAGCACUGGGGCUGAGCAACCAGGAGGUGUCCGUCAGUCGAUGGCACGGAUGCUGGGAUCCAGUGCUGAGAACCUUGUCUCUCUGUGUGUGGGUGUGUAUGAGUCUGUGUAUGAAGGAGAGAAUUAGGCCGUUGGUGCAGAUAUCUCCCACCCAGCAAUACACUUGAUACUGGGGGCUGCUCAGGAAUUUUCCCUGACCCUGUAAGAAUCUUUAGUGUUAUUCACAAUUCUGGCUUCUUCUGUGUCUUCUGAUUGGGUAGAGGCAAGGAGGUGGGCAGCACACCGAAUCUAGAUGCAGACCAAACUGCAGACAAACAAUCACGGCUAGGUUAUGGGCCUUGGGAUCAGCAGGUGUUAUAUUUAAGUAAGACCACGGUGAGGGGAGUUUGGGGAAAGCCAUCUCUUGAACUCUGUCCCAAAAUUCUUGUAUGAUCCAGCCAUGAUUAGAGAGGCUUCCAGUCUUUGUACUGGAUCUGAUGCAUUUUAAAAUCUGCAUUGAGGCUCUUAUACUUGUUACGGCCUCAGAUAAGGAACUGGGGGGUGGGAGGGGGGCACACUGCAGUUCCAUUUGCCCAAAUACUCAAACUCUGAUCAAAAUAAUUAAUUUCCAAGCCCGUGGGGUCAAAACUAUAGACUUACGCAGUCAUGGUUUUCCCCAGGAACCUUGGGAACUAUUAUUGGGAAUUGCUGAAAAUGGUCAAUCCAAACUCUCUCCUGGUCCACUUCCCAUAGUUCCUGAGGGAGAAGGCAUGGUAGUUUGCUGUUACAGAGGUGACAUGGAGCAAGGGUGGAAAAUGUGUCACUCUGCUGAGGUGGUUGGAUUCCAGCUCCAGUCAUCUCUGCCACUGGCUAGGACUGAUCUGGAAAAGGCCAUCUGGAGGGUCUCAAGGUCCCUGCUGCUGCCAUACCAGUAGACUCUUUUGCAGUUCUCUGCUUUCACCCCUCAUUUGCCUAUCCUUUUCCUUCUCCUUGACUGCUCUUUUAUAUUUUUCUCCUUCAUGCUGAGCUCCCACUCGUCUCUUUUUUUGUGUGUGUGCUUUCUUGUAUUUCCAGUCUGCUUUGGGUAUCAGCUCAAGACAGGUGGUAGCUGAAACAAGGCUCUUAUUUCCUGUAAAAAUGAAAAUCAUGUUUUUUGCUUACAAAUGUUCCCUGUUAUGAAAAGAUGUCAACACAUUUCAGAUGUCCUCCCCACCUCCCGCCCCCACUUCUCUGAGUGGCCAUGAUGCAGAAGAAAGAGUUUGGUUUGCAGGAAUGACAUAGCUUUACUUGCAUCAGGAGAAAGCAGCUUUAUCCAAGGGAGUCAUUCUCAGGGCAAGUCCUAAAUAAGCAGGCAGUGCUUUUUUCACAGUUCUUCCAUACCCCUCAUUCGGUGCAAGGUCUUUUUGUCUGGGUUGAAGAACAAAGUGCUCCUGUCUCCCUAUUUUCAGAAGCUGACUGGGCUGGGAGUGAAAUCUUCCUUUAGCAUUGGCCGCGGAGCAGUAUCUUGCAUUCGUACUGAGGGCAACAGGCUUGCUUACUGGGCCCAGGGCCAGCUGUGUGGCUUUGCCUUCAAACACUUUGUCAUUGUUUGUCAUUAUAUCCAGCAUGUAUCGGCGGAGGCAACCAUCACGCUCUGCCUAAUGAACUGCAGCAGUUCAGCCCAUCAGCGUAUGGAAAAGCACGCAGAGCCAUACGUAUAGGCAUUGUCCGUGAUUACAUCCACCGCUGCAUCAUGUUCUCAACAUUUUUGGAAAUGAUAACAGUACAGACUGUUACGCUGCAGCCUAUGCACUUAAAAGGCAUUUCUCUAAUUCUGGUCUGUGACCGUAAUAAAAUAUUGAUUGAUCGAAAAGGCAUUUCUAAAAUGUUUUGGCGUGGACUGUGCCUCGCACUCCUAUCUCGAUCUUUCUGAUUUUAAUGCCCUAAUUUUGCUGGGAUUGAUCUCAUAAAUCAAGAACAAUUAAUAGGGAAGGGUUAUUAUUUUUUAUAUUAAAAGGUGAAUGCUUUUAGCUGGAAUACAGAUAAAUACUUCAUUGUGGAUGUCUAGGAAAGAUCAACAGAUUAGUAAUAUCGGAAACUUGAAUGCUCAUCGAUUGGGAAAUUUGCAUCCACUGACAUAUGUUGAUAUAGAUAUAUACACACAUGCAUGUUAGUAUAGGACUGGAGCCUAAGGAUUUUUUUAAAUGCAUUUUUUUAAAAAAUGGAAUACAUCUAACCAUCAUUUUCUCCUAAAGGCUGUUGAUCCCAAAGCAGAAUCCAUUUCUGUUUCUGGCCAUUUUGCUUCACUGUAUUUCUGAGUUUCUGUUGCAGUGCCUCUUAAGUUCACAAUGCAAUAUCUCAGGGAAAAACUUCUAAAUAUAGAUGCUUGUUCUUCUUUCUGCUGUUUCCAUGUUACUGUAAUAAAAUCCUGAUUCUGGCUAAUUUCUAUUAUUCUGCUUCUUCCUCCUUUUCCUCCAUCUCUUUUUCUAUUGCUGCAUCCUUCCUCUUUCCCUUGUUCAGAAUGAUGCCUUAUUUCCAGCAGUCCAUUGGGGGGUUGGCAGGGGUCUUUCUGAAAGGGGCAAGCUAAGAUUGGAAAUAGGCAUUAAUCUGGAGAAUUGUGAGUGGCUUGAAAAAAGAAAAUGUUCAUUUGUUAUUUUUUAAAGUUGCCAAACAGUUUGCCUAAUAGUGAUAGUAGAACAAAAUAAACAUGUAUAUGUGCACG